CUCUGCAGUGUCAUACACUCAUUGCAGAGGCUGACAGAAGAGCCAGAGGACUAGUGCCUGCAUGAGCAGAGACGUCUGUUUGUUGGUGACUCUCUACAGCUGAUCUCUCGCUGCUUCUGGACAUGGACAACUCAGGCGGGCCCUAUCUAAACGCGCAGGCCCUGUGGUCUAAAGUGGGGAUUGUCCGCUUGCUGCAGCUUCUCUUUGGAUGUACCACCUUUAGCCUGGUUCUCCACAGAGCCGGAUUCAGCGCCGCCUAUGGAACCUUCUGCAUCUUCGUUUGGUGCUUCUGUUUUGCCGUCACCACGCUCAUUGUGGUAUGUGACCUGACUCGGCUCCAGUCAUGCCUGCGAAACCUGUCCUGGGGUAACUUCACUGCGGCCUUUGCCAUGCUGGCAUCCCUUAUGACCCUCACCGCCUCCGUCAUCUACCCGCUGUACUUCGUCACCCUGAACUGUACACCCGACUGCGUUACCAGGAACCACCGGUUGGCCGUCAGCAUCUGCGCGGGUCUUCUCUUCCUAGUCUAUGCCGUGGAGGUGUUCCUGACGCGUGCCAGGCCCGGGAUGCCCUGUAGCUAUAUGGCGACAGCAGCCGGGCUACUGAAGGUGGUCCAAGCCUUUGUGGCAUGUAUAAUAUUUGGAGCUCUGGCGACAGAAAGUCAGUAUAAGAAAUAUGUGGCCACUCAGUGGUGUGUGGCCGUAUACAGCUUCUGCUUUGUGUUGACCGUGGUGGUGAUAGUCCUCAACAUUACCGGGAGGGCAGUCACCCUACGUUGCCCUUUUGAACGCUUUGUGGUCAUAUACACGGUGGUGGCAAUAUUGAUGUACAUAAGUGCUUCUGUCAUCUGGCCCAUAUUCUGUUUCGAUACAAAAUAUGGGUCACCGACCAGACCAUCGCGGUGCUCUUGGGGACGAUGCCCUUGGGACAGUCAACUGGUUGUCACCAUUUUCACUCAUGUCAACCUGCUGCUUUAUGUUGCAGACCUGGUGUACACUCAGAGACUGCGAUUUGUGACUCAGCGCUGAGAAGGAGCCAUUUAUAUCAUGGACCCGGGGACCAGAGGGAGCUUUAUAUAUACUGUGCCCAAAAACGAACUCAACCCUAUGGGACUUACUGAUGUUAUUAUGUUGUAUUAUGUUAUUCAUUUACCUAGUGAUUCCCUAAGGCUGCUGUAUGGCGAGGUGUCAAUCAUAACUUAUACUCAGAGUCUAUUUUUAAUAAACUGUGACGUC